AUGGGCUUUAAUUGUCAGCGGUGUGCGCAGCCGCUCUUGCUCGAUGCGAGCCUAGAAGAAUGCGACGAUGAUAAGGUGAAAGAGGUGAAGGAGGUGGUCCGGCAGGCGUUUCCCACACCGGGCCCCUCCACCGCGCCGACCGACCCCGCACAGCGCCUGGACGCGCUGGGGGUCAAGCGCAGCGUACGCGAGGCGCUUCUCGCGCAGAUCCGUGCCAAGAGCAAAGAGACCAAGGAAAAAGAGAAGGAGGAGGAUGCUCAGUCCGUGCAGUACGCGCGGCUCUUUCGGGUCCUCGCGGCGCUCCCGGGCCUCGAUGAAACCAAGCCAAUCCAGCACCCGCUCUGCGAUACCUGUACGCAGCAGCUGCUCGAGUGCAUGGCGACUGAGAUCAGCGAUGUGCGGCAAGAACGUGAUACCCUACAGCUCCUGGAGCGCGAGCUGACCCGCCUCGCCUUUGUCGAGGGCGAUAUGGAAAUGUCGGCGGACGACAAGGCGCGGUGGCAGCGCGAGCAGAAUGCCGUGCUGCGCGAGAUUGAAGAGAUGGAAGCAGAAAAGCGGCGGCUCGAAAAGGAGAUUGCGGAAUGCGAUCACGACGAGGCCAAGCUCCAGCGCGAGCUCCGGGCCACGAAGGAGGAGGAAGACGCGCUGGAGAAGGACGAGAAUGCGUUUUGGAAAGAGUACAAUGAGCAGAUGGCCGAGCUCGAGCAGAUCGAGUCGCAGACGGCACUCAUCACGACCCAGCUCGAGAACGACAAGGCAAUCCUCGCGCAGCUUGAGAAGACGAACGCCUACACGGACGUAUUCUCGAUCACAGAAGACGCACGGGGCAUGCCGUCAAUCAACGGCCUGCGCCUCGGCCGUCUGGGGUCGGGCAGCCACGCACACGAGCAGGUCGAGUGGCCCGAGAUCAAUGCGGCGUGGGGCCAGACGGCGCUCCUUCUCACGGUCCUCGCACGCAAGCUCGACUGUACUUUUACCAAGUACGCAGUCCACCCGCGGGGCUCGUACAGCACGGUGGAACGCCUCGAGCCCGACAAGGCCGUCUACGAACUCUAUGGGACGAGCGACUGGCAGAUUGGACGCCUGCUUCACUCGCGGCGAUUCGACUAUGCCAUGUCGGGCAUUCUGCACUGCGUAGAAGAGCUCUGUGAAAGGGCAGUGCAGCACGACGCGUCGCUGGACCUUCCCCACAAAAUCCAUAAAGACACCAUUGGCGACGCCAGCAUCCGACUCCAGUUCAACCAGCCAGACACAUGGACGCGCGCGAAUCGAUACCUCUUAUUUACUGGCCACCCUGGCCAAGACCAUUCGCGUGACCCGUGCCCAUGGGUGAUCUUGAAUGACUUCGGUGGCGCUUUUGCCAUGGGCUGCAUUGGUGGCACAAUUUGGCACGGUAUUAAGGGUGCCCGCAACUCGCCGCGUGGCGAGCGCUUUUUGGGCUCCGUGUCGGCCAUCAAGGCCCGCGCGCCUGUCCUGGGUGGUAACUUUGGUGUGUGGGGUGGUCUCUUCACCUCGUUCGACUGCACUGUCAAGUCGGUCCGCCAGAAGGAAGACCCCUGGAACGCGAUCAUUGCCGGCUUCUUCACCGGCUCGACCCUGGCCAUCCGUGGUGGUCCCAGGACUGCCGCGGGUGCGGGUGUGAUGUGCGGUAUCCUUCUGGGUGUCUUUGAGGCGUUUGCUCGCCGAAAACAACAAGCCGGUACGUGUGUUCCGGAUGCGCCGGUGGCCCCGACGACCUCGUCGUCCUAA